UCACAUUCCCUGAAUAUGAAAUGUUACCUUCAGGCAGACGUUAGCCGCUCUUCAAUAAAUCAGAGAAACCUUCAAACAAGCCUCUGGAUUAACAUCGUUUCUUUGUCCUCGUCCGUGCUGCAGGACGUUUCUGAGGACAUCCGCUCCAUGGACAGCUGUGAGUACAUCUGGGAGGCCGGGGUCGGCUUCGCUCAGUCUCCGCCUCUCAACUACGUCCAUGACAUCAACAGGACGGAGCUGCUGAAGCUGCUGCUCACGUGUUUCUCUGAGGCCAUGUACCUCCCUCCAUCCUCUGAGAGGAAAAACCUCAACCCGUGGGUGUCCUUCUUCUGCUCCACAGACAACAGACACGCCCUGCCUCUCUUCACCUCGCUGCUCAACGUGGUGUGUGCGUACGACCCCGUGGGCUACGGCUUCCCCUACAACCACCUGAUGUUCUCCGACCACCGCGAGCUGCUGGUGGAGCAGGCCGUCCAGAUCCUUGUGGUCGCCCUGGAGCACGAGGCCGGGUCGGCCGCCAGCUCCGCCCUCAAAGCCCUGGUGACCUCCGGGUCAUCCUCUGGGGUGGAGGACCUGGAGCCGGCCGGUCCUGAGAACCUCUUUGUGAACUACCUCUCCAGGAUCCACAGAGAAGAGGACCUCGGCUUCAUCCUGAAAGGUGUGGCACGGCUGCUCAACAACCCUCUGCUCCAGACCUACCUGCCCCGCUCCACCAAGAAGAUCCAGUUCCACCAGGAGCUGCUGAUCCUCUUCUGGAAGUUCUGUGACUUCAACAAGAAGUUCCUCUUCUUUGUGCUGAAGAGCAGCGACGUGCUGGACGUGCUGGUUCCCAUCCUCUUCAACCUGAACGAUGCCAGAGCAGAUCAGUCUCGUGUGGGCCUCAUGCACAUCGGCGUCUUCAUCCUGCUGCUGCUGAGCGGAGAGAGAAACUUCGGCGUCCGUCUCAACAAGCCGUACACUCUGAGGGUCCCCAUGGAUAUUCCUGUUUUUACAGGAACACACGCAGACCUGCUGGUUGUGAUCUUCCAUAAAAUCAUCACCAGUGGUCACCAGCGCCUGCAGCCUCUGUUUGAAUGUCUGCUCACCAUCACAGUGAACAUUUCUCCGUAUCUGAAGAGUCUGUCCAUGGUGGCAGCCAACAAGCUUCUCCACCUGCUGGAGGCGUUCACCACACCCUGGUUCCUCUUCUCCUCCCCUCAGAACCACCACCUGGUCUUCUUCCUGCUCGAGGUCUUCAACAACAUCAUCCAGUAUCAGUUUGACGGUAACUUCAACCUGGUGUACGCCAUCAUCCGCAAGAGGAACGUUUUCCACCAGCUGGCCAACCUGCCGACCGAUACGUCGUCCAUCCAGAAAGCUCUGCAGAGGAAGAAGAAGACGGGGAUCUCCAGGUCGAACUCUACAGAGGCCGAGUCCAUGGAGGGCUCCAGACCUGCUGUACCUGCCGAGCCGGGCACCUUUAAAACCAGCUUAGAGGCCACUCCAGUUCAAAAAGGAUUCCUUGUGCGUCUUCCAGGUAUCGAUAAGAUAACAGAGAAGUCUCAGGUGAGUGUGGACGGUACCAUGAUCGCCGUCCCUCAUUUAGAGGCUCCACAGACGACCGCUGACGGCCGAGCUGCAGCCGGAGCGAGCGACACCGAGUCCAACUCAGAAAGAGACCACGAGGCGUAUCACUCAGAGUCCGAGGCAGGGAGAAGUCGUCUGUCCAGCGUGUCGUCGUCAGCAGCCUGGAGCCCCAAUCCAGACUGGGUGAUGUCGUGGAAGUCGAAGCUCCCUCUUCAGACCAUCAUGAGGCUGUUACAAGUUCUGGUCCCUCAGGUGGAGAAGAUUUGCAUCGACAAGGGUUUGACAGACGAGUCAGAGAUCUUAAAGUUCCUCCAGCACGGCACGCUGGUCGGCCUCCUUCCCGUCCCUCAUCCCAUCCUCAUCAGGAAGUACCAGGCCAACGCCGGCACCGCCAUGUGGUUCAGAACGUACAUGUGGGGCGUCAUCUACUUACGCAACGUGGAUCCUCCCAUCUGGUACGACACGGACAUCAGGCUCUUUGAGAUCCAGAGGAUUUAGAGCAGCGGAUUGAAGAAGUCCCUCAUGAGUCUCUUUCCUGUUUUACCUUCAUGGAGGAACGUUUCACAGAAAUCGUCUUCUUCACAACAUGAAACACUCUGUCUCACACACAGCCUGUGUUUGGAAGGAGGACGGGACGUUUAUUUAUCAGCUGUGGAUUUCAUUUGCCAAAAAAAAAAGAAAGAAACAGAAGCGAACACAGACUGCAGCUGGACCCUUCUCCAAACCAUGAAGAACCUUAUAGACCCGGACUCUGUAGUCUGGUCCACAUGCUUUGGUCUUAAAAUAAAUAAUUUCUAACUAUGUAUCAUGAA